GGAGUGCUGCUAAACAUGUGGUGCGACUAUCUGGCCAGCAGGCACGGGCAAAUCAGCCAUCGCUCAACCGAUUGCCAAGGGUUCGGUGACAUGGGAGUGCUCGAUUCAUGUUUCUGCUUUGACAAGGCCGAGAAACGUCAUGAAAAAGCUUUCUCCACCAUCGUUCAUGACCUAGCUGAUCGUGAUGCGGAGAUGAGAAGAGCAUGGGCGGAUGCGCUCAAAAUUUCCAUUUCACUGAAGAACUCGAAGGAUAUUUCCCAGCAGUGGGAGAAACUUCUUAUGAAACUAUUGAAGAAAUUCCCUACGUGAAGUGUGGGACCUGUCUUGAUUGUGAUCGAAACGCUGGACGAAAGCGGCGGAGUGGAGACGCGGCGGGACCUUCUCCGCAUACUUGCCAACACACUUCAGA